CAAUGAGGUCAAGUACUCAGUCCAUCUUCCCAAAAUUCUGCCUGAGUUGAACUCCAGACCAACAUUGUUGUUGCUCGCCCUGGAGUAGACAGCCAAAGAUACGGAAUCUCAACGUUGACGGUCGUUAACGUUUAUUAACGGCUUCCGUCAUCGUGACCGGGCGCUCCCGUCGCUCCCCGUGUUCCUGCCAACCAUUCAGAUCUCGCGAUUGUUUCAUGCAGAGGAGGAGGAGGGGAGAACGAAACGUGGAGGUAGAAUCUGUGAUUCGUGGCUUCUCAAAUUAAAUCGCAGUUAGGGUUCUUAAAUCGGAGUGUCUCAGUCGUUAGAGAGAGAGAAAGUGGUGAUUGUGAGAGAAUUUUAUCUGGUUUUGACUUCGCUGCGGCUUCGUUGUUUGGGAGCUCGGGCUCAUGGCGAAUCGCGGAGAUGACGGAGGUGGUGGAGGAUAUUUAUACGAGGAGUUAUGGAAGUUAUGCGCGGGUCCUCUAGUUGACAUUCCUCGACGCAACGAAAAAGUUUACUACUUUCCUCAGGGGCACAUGGAACAACUUGAGGCGUCAACAAAUGAGGACUUAAACAAGAUGGAACCGCUUUUCAAUCUUCCUUCGAAGAUUCUCUGCCGUGUAAUGAACGUGAUUCUUCAGGCGGAGAAAGAGACGGAUGAGGUUUAUGCCCAGAUUACUCUGAUACCGAUAGGAACUCAAGUUGAUGAUGAGCAUACAUGUCCUCCUGAACCACAAAAGGCAACUGUCCACUCUUUCAGCAAGGUUUUGACGGCGUCUGAUACAAGCACACAUGGCGGAUUUUCUGUCCUAAGAAAGCACGCAACCGAGUGCCUUCCCCCGCUGGAUAUGACCCAGCCAAUCCCUACUCAAGAAUUGGUUGCCUCUGAUCUCCUUGGUAAUGAGUGGAAAUUUAAGCAUAUUUUCAGAGGUCAACCACGGAGGCACCUUUUGACGACGGGGUGGAGCACCUUUGUCUCAUUGAAACGGUUGGUUGCUGGAGAUACCUUUGUAUUCCUGAGAGGAGAAAAUGGGGAAUUGCGUGUUGGAAUAAGACAUGCUGCUCGCCAACAAAUCAGUAUGCCUUCUUCUGUGAUAUCGGGCCAGAGCUUGCAUCUGGGAGUGCUUGCUACUGCAAGGCAUGCCAUCCAUACCCAAACCAGGUUCACCGUGUACUAUAAGCCAAGGACAAGCCAGUUCAUAAUCAGCUUGAACAAAUAUCUAGAAGCCAUGAACAACAAAUUUUCUGUUGGGAUGAGAUUUAAGAUGAGGUUUGAGGGAGAGGAUUCCCCAGAAAGGAGAUUUUCUGGCACAGUUGUUGGCGUUAAGGACUGCUCUUCUCAUUGGAAAGACUCAGAAUGGCGAUGCCUACGAGUUCAAUGGGACGAGCCCACGUCAAUCCAAAGACAUGAUAAUGUUUCUCCAUGGGAGAUUGAGCCUUUUGUGCCUUCAACAAAUAUCACUCAAUCUGUUGUGCCGAAGAACAAAAGGCCUCGACAAGCUAGCGAAGUAUCUGGUCUCGAUUUAGGCUCAACAAGACCAAACCUCUGGAGUUCCACAUUGACGCAAUCCCACGAAUUUGGGCAAUCGUGCAUCACCUCCCAGCAUUGUUACCGUGAUGCAGCUGAAGAAACCAAGAGUGUUUCUGGUUGGCUAAUGAAUUGUUACUCGGUCCCACCCACGACGAAAUCUACCAAUGACCAAAUGGGUUUCCCGGUAGAGGAGAAGAAACAUGAGAUGGUCACCAGUUACAGAUUGUUUGGAAUUGAUCUGAUGAGUAAAUCCGCCGCAACGGAGAAAACAGGGAAUAUGCUUACAGUUAACAUUGCCAAUUCAACACUUGAAGCUGUCUCGGACCAAAAGUCUGAGGUUUCCAAAGUCUCUGAAGAGAAAAAGCAAGAGCACGCACAGGCGUCUCCUAAAGAGGUCCAAAGCAAGCAAAACAGUUCUAACAGAAGUCGUACCAAGGUUCAGAUGCAGGGUGUAGGCGUAGGAAGGGCAGUGGAUUUAACAGUGGUGGAAGGGUACGAUCAGCUAUUUGAAGAGCUGGAGAAACUCUUUGACAUCAGGUGUGAGUUGAGGACUCGGGAUCGGUGGGAAAUAGUCUACACAGACGGUGAAGGAGAUAUGAUGCUCGUUGGCGAUGAUCCAUGGCAUGAAUUCUGCAACAUGGUGAAGAGAAUAUUCAUAUGGUCAAAGGAGGAUGUGAAGAAAAUGACUCCGGGGAGCAAACUCCCUUUGUUCAUACCUGAAGGACGUGAUGAUCAGACAAUGACCAUGCUGGCGAGCUCAGACUCAGCCGACACGAAUACAAGAUAACACUCGAAAGCUCCUCUCUUUCUCUCUCUCUCCAUAUAUAUAUGAAUGUCGAAAGUGUACUAUAUACUAUUUACUACUAAUGUAUGUGGGUUUUUUUUUUUUUAAUUGGGAAUGUGUCAUGUUUGUGUUUGUGUCUUGUGGGAAGUUCCAAGUUGUUAGGGAAAGCAACAGAAAUAGAGAGGGCAGACAGUUGUGGCUUAGGGGAGAGGUGUUUGGAACUUGGAAGUGGGUUUUAACUACGUAUGAUUUCUUGUCAAGUGUUGAGAAUCAUAUGAAGAAAUUAACGUGAAUAAAACAUUUUUA